AUGCUCAAAAAGAUCUCAAGAGUAUCGAGGAGCAUCAGAACAAUUAAUAAAGACACUAUGAAUGGUUCUAUUUUGAAAAAUACUGAAGAGAGUUCACCAGAAACUAAAAAAAGACCGGCAACACCGCCUUCUAUGACGGACCCAAAAAAAGAUCUACGAUCGGAGCCUUCCAUGGCCAUCGAAAUCAAGAAGCAGAAGAAGAAGAACAAUGGCGGACUAGGCGAACUCAGGGAUAGCAAAGGAUUCAAAAUUAAGAUUCAAGAAUCUAACCAAUUACGGAAUAAGCAAGUGGAUCCGGAAUAUGAGGUGAAAGUGCAAGGCCCAUUACGCAAGAUUGUGCCGUAUUACUUCACGUAUAAAACAUUUUGCAAACUCAGAUGGAGAGACAGACCUUUGAUAGACAUUUUUGUUAACGAAUUUCGUGACCGCGAAGAAUCCUACUACAGAAAGACCAUUGCUGGGGGAUCAGUGUUCCUAAACGAGAAACCGGCGAAUUUGGAGUCCGUUGUAAGGAACGGGGAUUUGAUUGCACACAACAUACACAGACAUGAGCCACCAGUUACGUCGAGACCCAUCAAGACUGUGUUUGAAGACGAAGACAUUUUAGUUAUCGACAAACCCAGUGGCAUUCCCGUACAUCCUACGGGAAGAUACAGAUUCAACACAAUCACCAAGAUCUUGCAAAGGGAAAUGAAGGUUGCGAUCCAUCCCUGCAAUAGACUCGACCGGCUAACAAGUGGCCUAAUGUUUUUGGCUAAAACUCCUGCCGGUGCUGACCACAUGGCUAGCCAGCUAAAAGCCCGAGAAGUAAAGAAAGAAUACAUUGCCCGGGUUAUAGGCAAGUUUCCCACGGAUCCAGUUGUCGUCGAAAAGUCGCUAAGGAGUAUCGAGCCUCGUUUGGCCUUGAAUGGUGUAUGUGAUCCUAGUGACGAAGGCGCAAAAGACGCUAAGACCGUUUUCACUAGAGUUAGUUACGACGGAGAAACUAGUUUGGUAAAGUGCCAGCCUCAUACUGGUAGAACUCAUCAAAUAAGAGUUCAUUUGCAGUAUUUAGGUCACCCGAUUGCAAACGAUCCGCUGUAUUCUAAUCCUCAGGUCUGGGGCCAAUCACUCGGGGAGGGUGAAACACAUGAUUAUUCCAGCGUUAUAGCCAAAUUAUCAAAGAUUGGUAAAACCGUGUGUGCGGAAAGCUGGUAUCAUCCUGACUCUGUUGGUGAGCUUUUAACCGGCGAUAAGUGUCUCGAAUGCGAGACGGACCUCUAUACAGACCCAGGGCCAAAUGAUCUGGAUCUAUGGCUUCAUGCAUACUGCUACGAGUCUACAGAGUCUGACGACGCCGGGAUGCGAUUGUGGAGCUAUAAGACGCAGUUUCCGGAUUGGGCGUUAGAACCACACCGCAAGUAUAUGGAGCUGGCUGUCCAAGAAGCUCAGAAAUGCGGGCCUACAACCACGGCAUUCAGUGUGGGCGCCGUGUUGGUCAGCGAUGACAAAAUAUUAGCAACAGGUUAUUCCAGAGAAUUGACAGGGAAUACUCAUGCCGAGCAGUGUGCUCUGGACAAGUAUUUUGGCUGUACAGGACGUACGCAGGUGCCACCUGGGACUGUUAUUUAUACUACAAUGGAGCCUUGCUCCCUGCGCUUGAGUGGUCAGCUACCUUGCGUUGACCGUAUACUGGCCCAAAACAAGAACAUACGUACUGUCUUCGUUGGUGUCAUGGAGCCAGACACGUUUGUCAAGAAUAAUACAAGUAAAGCCAAAUUAUCACAACAUGAGAUCGAUUAUGUGCUUAUUCCGGGCUACGAAAAGUCUUGUACAGAAGCGGCUUUUAAAGGACACGAACGCAAACAAGGCUAG